AUGGGUCGGGAUGCCGGGAUUCGACGUAUGGAUUACGUUUCUGGAGGUUCGAAGGGUACUAUUAUUAUUUUUAUUUCCGUUUCCGAACUCUCCGAGGUGACUGAUUGCUGGUUUGAAGGUCCUGAGGAUUGGAUUCAUUUGGGCUGGCACAUGGACUUUGAAAGUGAAUGGUCUUGUGUUCCCUGGACGCUGCAGAUUGAGGAGUUGCGGGAGGUCGAGCGCGCAAUUGAUGGAUUCUGGGAAGAGUCGCAGGAGUUUAGGCGCGCAAACGAGGAGAUUGAGUUACUGGAGAGGAUGGAAGAGGAGGAAAUGUGGAAUGAGAUCGAGAGGGUUUCUAGUGAGCUUGAGGUUCUAGUGAUAUAGUUUUUGAUGAAUUUUGUAAAUAAAAAGUUAUUCGUGUACAAUAAAGUGAUUAACCAUGGAAGAUCAGGAGGUUCAGCUAUGCUUUAGAUGUCCGGAAAAUUCGUUUCACAUUUUUCAGGCAAGGGGUGAUGAUAUGGUCGUGGAGGUAAGUUAUGGUGACCUUACCUGCCGAUGUCUUAUCCAGGAAAAUGACGUUGACAUUGCGGGCAAGAUUAAUAUUCGGGCAAGUAUACCGUGGAAAUUUGACGUGGACUUUUUGUCAGACGUCACUCUUUUUGGUUUACCAGAAUUUGAUCCGAUUUAUUUCGGAAGUCCGGUAAAGGUUGCGAGAUGGUUUGAAGAAGAGACUAGAUUUUAA